AUGAUGAGAGGAAGCAAUUCAGGAGCAUCAACGGAGACUCAUCGACCCAUUUCUUCUCCUAGUAAUAACAAGCAACAGCAUCCCACGCAACGAGUGGUGAUGUUUAAUUCAUCAUCAUCAGCAAUGGCAGUCCCAACUUUAUCACCAUCUUCAUGGAUUGGAAACUCUCCUCAUCAUCAUCCACCACAAACUCAACCUCAUCAUCAUGGUUUCAUGCCUCAGCAACAUCAUCAUCCGCAAAAUGUUUCAUCUCCCACCAGUAAAAUCUCCAACCAUCUUCCUCCUCCUUCGAUCUUGACCUCAUCUCAUCAUCAUCCACCUUCGACAAGGCCCAUGUCGGCAGGUCAAUUCCGAUCGAAUCCAAGAGGACAAGCUGCAUCAUCAUCCUCAAAUUUUCAAAGCCGAAUACCCUUACGCCCACUUUCAGCCUCUCCCAACACUAUACCCUUUCAAUUGGGAGGUUCCGAAAGUGGAGCACAACCUACGAAGAGGACAGGUAAAAAGCAAUUUCCUUCAGGAGCUGCCUCACUUGCUUCUGCUGAAACUAAAACCACCACUUCCAAUGAUCCCACUGAAACACUAACCAUGAGCUCGUCAGCCGUUCGAACCUCAAAGAGUGACUUGGAUAAGCCAUUCCAUUCCUUGUAUUCGGCGUAUUGUCGAAGAGUGAGAAUGGAACCACUUGACUUUAUUGUCAUGAACAGCUUGUCGAGGGCAAUGUUUGAGGUUGAUCUCGAUCUGAUCCCUCAGGAGCACUGGAGGAAAUGUUUGGUAGCUUUAAAAAACUCUCGUCAUCAUUUUCAUACGAUCAGGUUGGCUUGGGGUCAAUCGAACUAUGUUCGAGAUUUUUCAACUCUCUCCAAAGUGUCAAAAGGAGGAGCAUCUUCAUCCCCUUCACUGCUCUCCAUUAAGGAAUCCAUGAUGAUUCAUCAAAUGAGAAAUACAAAUCAACUCGAAAGAAAAACCAGCUCAAGAUCGAUCAAUUUGGUCGAUCCAUUAGAGCCAGCAGAUGCUUUAAAAUUGUCAAGAAUUCUGACCCCAUGUUUUAGUGGGUUGCUCUCAAAACUUGAACUCAUUGGUAUACCUCUCACUAAACAAUGCACCUCAUUUAUGCAAAAGGGUUUGUUAGAAGCAAGAAAUUCAUUGCGAACAUUGUCUCUUAAAAACACAGCUCUUGGGGAUGAAGCAUUUAAAGAUAUUGGAUCGAUACUGACGAGUUUUGUAAAGUUGAGCAAAGUUCAAAUCAGUGGAUGUUGUUUAUCGGAUGACAGCGCUCAAUUUAUUAUAAACAUGAUGCGAGAACGAGAAAAUCAAAAAAGUCAUGAAGCAUGGUUGUACAGUUUGAGAGGAGAAGAGGAGUGUCUUGACACUGUCGAAGACUUGAUUGCCCUGGAUAUGUCCAACAAUUUCUUUUCAGACUCAACAGCCAAAGCACUGGCUCAAAUUCUUUGCGAAGAAAAUACUUUGAAAAAGCUCGAUUUAAGCAAAAAUAUUAUUGGAGUUACUGGAAUUUCAUAUUUUUUAGAUGUGGUGGUUCAUAAUGAGAGGAUUGAUUACAUUAAUUUAAGCUUUAACUUUGGAAUUACAGAGUUUAGUGAAAAAUUCGAGUCUCACAAACUCUUUUCUAAUUUCUUUGACACCCACGAGUUUAUAUUUCACCGAAUGUCCAAACGAAAUUCCAAACCAAAACAAUCACAAACCAAAAACAACUCUAAAAACAAGAAAUCCUCUCAAAAGAUCAAACUAAAUCUACCCAAACAAAAUAGUAAGCAAGCUCCUCCCGAUGCACCUCAUGUCGAUUUUUCUCCACGUUCACAAGAAACGAAUGAUAGCGGCUAUGAAAGUUGUACAGGUCGAUUGGAAGGAAACGAGAAUCGAGAAACCCCAACGGAGGAAGAAUUAAAAAAGCAAGAAGAGAGAAGCGAGAAGACUUUGCGACUCAAACGUGAAUCUGAGCUCAUUAACAUGCAAAUAGAAUUCAAGGCCAUGCAUGAACAAAUGACCAAACUUUUGAAAGAAAAGGCAGAAAACGAAGCUAAAAUUUCCUCACAAGAAUCCACACUCACAGACUUGCAACAAGCAGUGGUCCAAUUGUCUCAACUUGUGAAAGACUUGCAAUCUGAAAAGCAAUCCCUCAGUCAACAAUUGACUGACGCGACUCAAAAAUUGGAUCAACUCAGCAAGAAAAGAGCUCCUUUUUGUGCAGAUGUACACAUUGCUUCAUCGAACCACUCUUCUUCAAACUCAUCCUCCACCUUAAAUGAAGACAUUGCAUGCCGAUUGAACGAACUCUUUUCAAAAGGUGUUCAGAAGUAA